AUGUCCUACUCAAGAUACGUAUUAAUAGAACCAGAUCAGCGCCUAGUGGAACGUCACAACCAGUUUACUGACAAUCUGAAUGUGAAAAACCCGGAGCCUGUGAAAGUUUACGAAAUGUCCCAGAGGGUGCUUGACGAACUCAAACUCAUCAGGGAGGUCAGCGCGACGUUGCAGGAGAAGAAGAAUGAGUAUAUGGAGAAGGUUAUGCAAGCCGCUGAAGAAGCUAAGGAGAAUGCUAAAGAGGCAGUGAUAAAGGGAGCUGAAGAAAAAGCUGACAUGGCUAUAAAAGAAUAUUAA